UCAGCGCUUCCCCGCCUCCAGCCUUGUACCACUGUGCGCCCGGGGAGCGGACAUGGCGGUCCUUGGAGUGCAGCUGGUGGUGACUCUGUUCACCGCCACCCUCAUGCACAGGCUAGCGCCACACUGCUCCUUCGCACGUUGGCUGCUCUGCAAUGGCAGUCUGUUCCGGUACAUACACCCGUCAGAGGAGGAACUCCGGGCGCUGUCAGGGAAACUGAGGCCCCGGGUCAGGAAGGAACGGUGGGCAAAUGGUCUUCAUGACGAGAAGCCAUUGUCAGUGCCUCGAGAUGCCCAUUUCCAGCUGCAGACCUGUCCCCUCACUGCUGUGGAUGCCCUAGUCCUGCGCUUCUUUCUGGAAUACCAGUGGUUCGUCGACUUCGCAGUGUACUCCGUUGGUGUAUACCUCUUCACAGAGGCCUACUAUUUUGUGCUGGGCCCAGUCCAAGAGACCAACAUCGCUGUGUUCUGGUGCCUGCUCACUCUGGCCUUCUCUCUGAAGGUGUUCCUCAUGGUGACCCGGCUGUACUUCAGUACCAAGGAGGGUGGUGAGCGCUCUGUAUGUCUCUCCUUUGCCUUCCUCUUCCUCCUCUUGGCCAUGCUGGUGCAGGUGGUGCGGGAGGAGACCCUGGAGCUGGGCCUGGAGCCGGGCCUAGCCAGCAUGACCCAGCACCUGGAGCCUAUUCUGAAGAAGCAGGAUUGGGACUGGACACUCCCUGUGAUCAAGUUGGCCAUCCGCCUUGGGCUGGCGGUGCUAGGCUCCCUGCUGGGCGCCUUCCUCAUUUUCCCUGGACUGAGGCUGGCCCAGACCCACCAGGACGCACUGACCCUGUCUGCGGACCGACCACUGCUACAGCUGCUCCUACACACCAGCUUCCUGUCGCCCCUGUGCACCUUGUGGCUCUGGACAAAGCCUGUCGCCCGGGACUUCCUGUACCAGGCACCCACAAGGAACAUGACCUUCUCUGUACCAUCAGAAGGGGCUUUCGACUCUCUGCGCCUCUGGGUGUUGGUGGCGCUGUGCCUGUUGCGUCUGGCAGUAACCCGGCCACACCUGCAGGCCUACCUGUGCCUGGCCAAGGCUCGAGUGGAACAGCUGCGCAAGGAGGCUGGCCGCAUUGAGGCCCGCGAAAUCCAGCAGCGGGUGGUCCGGGUCUACUGCUACGUGACUGUGGUGAGCCUGCAGUACCUGACCCCGCUCAUCUUCACUCUGCACUGCACACUGCUGCUCAAGACCCUGGGCGGCUACUCUUGGGCCCUGAGCUCUACUCCUCCCCCACUGGCCCCAUCCCAGCCCUCAGAGGCUUUGAUCCCUGUAGACCCUGCAGGAGACGAGGCCCAGCAGACUGCAGCCCAGGUUGCAGGGAUCCUGGGUGGCCUGCUCACGCCCCUCUUCCUCAGAGGCAUGCUGGCUUACAUCAUCUGGUGGACAGCUGCCUGCCAGCUGCUCUCCAGCCUCUUCGGCCUCUAUUUCCACCAGCACCUGACAGCCUCUUAGCAGGAAGGCACUAGGCUCUAGUGUCUGAUUCCUGCCCACCAGGAUUGGGACUGUCCCCUGUGUGUGUGCCUUGGUGCCCCUAGAUGACAUAAGGGUUGGUGUGGGAACUCCCUACCAUCUCUCUCACUUCAGUGCCUAGAUCAUAAACCCCUUGAAGCAGUCUCCCCUGGGCCAUGAUCCCCAAGUGUGUGUGUGGGGGGGGGCGGGCACUUUUUACAGAAAUCUCCCAGAGACUGGGGGGAUGAGCAGGGGAGACCUGGAUAGUGAGAGGGGCCUGGGAGAGCUGAAACCUGAAGAUCCGAGGUGGCUAGGAGAGCUAGGGGUGGGACUCUAGCCCAGCAUCCAUAUAGCCCCGGCGUCUGUCAGUAUCCCCAGGAGGGAGAGACAAGAGUCUCCAUGCCUGUCUCCCCAGCACACUUGGGAUGCUGGGGUAAGAGGGUUAGCCUAGACUAGUAACAAGACUGUGUAGAACAAGAAGAAAAGGGGGGCCAGGGGGAGGCUUGAAAGGGAAGAGAGGGGAGAGGUUGUCACCAUCCUCCAAAGCUGUGAGGAUGACUGCUGUGUUUUGAGGUCUUGGUGACUAAGGGUCACCUCCAACUCCAAAGUUGUCCUUUUGCUAUGACUUAGUGUGUGUACAUGUGUAUUUAUGAGAUAUGCAUGACCCUCCUACAUAUGUAAAAUGUGUAUUGAGAAUAAAAAAGGAGGGCUUCUGCAAUGCUGCCUUAUCAUGUUGCCAGUGUGGUCUGGCCCAGUCAUGUUCAAGAGUGCUCAGUCAGAGCCUUGAGCCUCUGAGUCUCUGUCUAAGAGGACUUAGGAGUGUGACUGCCUAUGUGCUGUGAGCACAGGUGCUGUGUAUGAUACAAUAGGUCCAUGUGUGAGAGCAGGGAUCAGAGGACAACUUAGCAUGCAGAUCCUAGCCUUCUACUGUGAGACAGGGUCUCUUGUUUACCUGAGUCCCUCAGGUCGGCUGUCCAACAGGCUCCAAGGAGUCUCUGGUUUCCUCUUCCCACCUUGCUGUAGGAGUGCUAGGAUUAUAGACUAGUGCUGCUGUCCCACUUUAUGUGGGCUCUGGGGACUUGAACUCAGGCCUUCAUGACUGCAGCAAGUAUGGCUGACGUGUGUAUGUGUGUGUGUGUGUGUGUUAUGAAUCAACAGGAUGUCCUUGAAGGGCUAUCUGGAGUCCCUGCCUCCCAAACUGACCCUGACAAGGGCUGCAGGACCUUGUGGAAGUCUCAUGGGAAUUGGGGAUGCCCAUGCUCUGCUGUGGAUUUCAGAGUGUAGGGGCGCACAACGUAGAGGGCCCCACCUCCUUCAGCUAUAUGGCUCAGGCCUGACUGGGGCCUGAGCUGUGUUUCAGAGCAAGGUCCCUAGGCUUCUGGCCGAUGCCCAUUUGCUGAGCAUGAUGGAGUAUAGCUGAUGACUCCAGAGGUAGUUGGGCCAGCCAGUGCUAUGCAAGACCUAGAAGCCAGCCUGGAUUAUAUUUCUCAGAUAUUAAAUAAAUCCGAGCCAUGUUGUUGGCAGAUUUAGCUACAUGGUUACUGUA